AUGGCAGCCGGCCCAAGCUCCGACGACUUUGCGCCGGUGGCUCCGCCGGCGCCGCUCGAGCGCUGCCGGGAGAAGCUCGCGCACGCCGUCCUCUCCGUGCUCGAGGAGGAGGGCGCGGGCGGCGACGGCGCCUCCUUCUCGCGUCCGUUCGCCCAGCAGCUCGCGGCGCUGGUCUGGGAUUGGUCCACCACCUCACUCGCCGUCGACCUCGAGCACUUUUCCCGGCACGCCAAGCGUGCAGGCGUCUCGAUUGAGGAUGUGCAGCUGGCGGCGCGGCGGAACCCGCAGACCAAAGCCUUGAUCGACGCCGAGGCGCGCCGGCUGCGCCUCCAGCGAAAGAGCGAGAAGCGUGGUCGUGAGGCUGCCGGGUGA